UGUCCAAGGCAAGUUGUAAUUCUCGUUGGGUAGUCCUGUUUGAAUAUAAUUUAUCGUGGACAGAAAAUGAAGUAGCAAACUUUCGCGAUCAUUUUACUCCUGGGAAAACCGAAAUCGGUUUGAAUAGGGUUGUUUAUUAACUUUUACAAAAUUACUAUUCAAAUAAUCACAUGUAGUUACAGUCGUCGUUAGGCGGAACCUGAAAACGUGUCGUAUUGACUUUUUUAGGGGUGUUGUCAUCAACUUCCUGAUUUACCUGUCCCAAGGUGGGCAGAACUCGCCGAGUUUCUGCGUUGACAUUGAUUCUCAAGAUGGCAAAUAUAUGAAAAGUUAUUCAUCAGGACAAAGAUAGCCUUCUUCAACAAAGUUGCGAAUUCAUCACAAAGAGCAGACUGCAGUGUCUAUGGGCAGUGUAGGGAGACAGAGGAGGUCCUCCAUGAAGACUCAGCUGGUUAGUGCCAUCCAGCUAGAGGAAGUGGAGAUGGAGGUCAAUAACCCUCACCAAGAGGUCAACGGCCUUUACCAAGAGGUCAACAAACCACACCAAGAGGUCAAAGAGCCGCAGACGUACAGUGUGGAGGAAGCGGUGGAGACCAUCGGCUUUGGUCGCUUCCAUGUUCUGUUGUUCAUCAUCAUGGGCAGUGCCAGCAUAGCGGAGGCCAUGGAGAUCAUGUUGCUGGCCGUGGUGUCUCCUGAGAUCCGCUGUGAAUGGCAUCUGGACGACUGGGAGGUGGCUCUGGUCUCCACGAUGGUGUUUGCAGGGUUCAUGGUGUGUGGAGUGCUGAGUGGAUACGUGGCCGAUAGAUAUGGACGCUGGAAGGUGGUGUUUGGAGGUUCUUUGUGGGCAGCAUAUUUCUCCCUGCUCACCUCCUUCUCUCCGUCCUACGGAUGGUUCAUCUUCCUUCGCCUAAUGGUGGGCUGUGGCGUGGCCGGGUGCUCCCAGGGGUUUGUCCUAAAGACCGAGUUUAUCCCUGCAAGCUACAGAUCCUACCUGCUACCUCUCGCCUCUAUCUUCUGGAUGGUAGGCUCCAUGCUCAUCAUCCUGCUGGGUAUGACUGUGGUUCCAACGCUGGGCUGGCGUUGGAUGAUCCGCCUGUCCGUCAUCCCCAGUGUCAUCCUCCUCCUUCUCUUCCAGCUUAUCCCGGAGUCGGCUCGCUACAACGUGUCAGCAGGGAAUGUGCAGGCUGCCGUGGAAACACUCCAGCGUAUCGCCAGGAUGAACAGGGCCUCCAUGCCACCAGGGAGCCUCGUGGAACCUGUGGUGAAAGACAGGGGCAGUUGGAGCCUCCUGGUCAGUCCAGCAUUCAGGAGGACCUCCCUACUACUGUGGUACUCAUGGUUUGUGGCGUCCUUCUCCUACUAUGGCUCUGUGUUGAGCAGCUCUGAGCUGCUGGAGAAGAACCUGCUGUGUGUGACAGACGCUGACGCAGAGCACCAGCAGAAACACAGCCACCCAGAGGACGGGCUGUGCUACUGCAUUCCCUUCGGCUUUAGCGACUACCAGACCCUCCUCAUCAGCUGUCUAGGGGAGGUUGCCCUCAUCCCUCUGAAUAUAUUCCUGUUGAACGUGUUUGGGAGGAAGUUGAGCAUGGUUCUGCUGGAGCUCAUGGCAGCUCUGUUCUUCAUGCUGGUCAACAUUUGCUCUACUAUGUUUGGUUUUACCAUUUUACUGUUCCUGAUCAGGUCUCUGGUCUCCAUGAAUUUCAAUGUUGUUUAUAUUUAUACUGCGGAGGUGUACCCGACUGCGGUGCGUUCUCUCGGGAUGGGUUUCUGCACUUCUUUCAGCCGCAUCGGAGGCAUGAUCGCCCCCUUCAUAGCACAGGUGUUGAUGUCACACUCAGUCAUUUUAGCUUUGCUGCCAUUUACUGUGGCCUGUGUGCUUUGUGCCGUUGGAGCCUUUCUACUGCCCAUCGAGACAAAGGGACGAGCACUACUGCAAAGUUCCUGACUGUGUGCAAUGUGAUUCUCAACACAUUCAUGUCAUUGCAUAUUUACACAUUAAAAGUUGUAUACUUUGA